AUGUCCGACCAGCCGCCCGAGAACACGCGGGGCAAGACUCCUCGGUCGAAGAAUGAUCGCGACACGGAUCUAUCACGACCAGCAGAACCCUCCUCCUCUCCUACGAACACACCCUCAAACAACCCCUCCACACAAUCCCUCGCAGGCCGCAUCCAAAGCUCCGCGACCAAUCUAGCGCGCAGCACCUUCCAACCCCCCGGCUCAGGAGCUGAGGUCUCCCGCACGCUGGCAAGCACCACGAACGGCAAAGCCGCCGGACCAUCUUCCCUCCCACCCUCAUCUACACAAUACUACUCCGCAAGCCAAGAUGUCAUCGGUGUACCAUCGUCCUCUACUCGCCAGACAAGACCGGGUUCCAGCGCGGCGGCGGAGUCCUUCCGGAGUAAUGCCGUCGAUGGUACCUCGGCUGAGACGCAGGGCGGAUUUACAUUGCCGCCGUUGACAGAAGAGGAGUUUCAACAGCAACAGCAACAUCUCUUUGAUGACGGGGGUAUUUCUCUGGGGGAUAGGGACGGGGACGGGGGUAGUCGUGAUCCUCUUGGUACGCUACAAUCGGAAACGGGGAACUGGAAAGGCAAACAGCGGACCUAUGAUCCCGUGCAGCGAAGAUUCGACACUGCCUGGGAACGCGGCCAGCCUACGUCUUUCCAGGGGAUAGAUGGUAGCAGCGGCCAAGCACAAAUAAAUUCGACAGACGGCGCAGGUGUCAUAUCCCUGCUCUCCGAUCCAGCCUUCGACGCCGGGUUCUCAACCACAACAGAUACCGGCGACGCAGAACCAGAACUGGAAACAGACCUCGCUUUCUCGGAACCUCCACCGCUCACGCCCGCUGAGAUGGAGAUGCUCGAUUCGUUUCGUCGACAGAUGACUCCUCCACCGCCGCAUUCGACACAGUCUCAACACCUAACGUCAUUCAGCCUCGUACCUGAUAUAGACACGUUCCUCCAGCAGCACGAUCCCUCCGCAGCAGCAGAAACGACCUCGACUUCUUUGCGGGAUAAUGUGCUCUCCCACCUUCCUGGUGCAACAGAUUGGAUCGGUGUGCAGGAUCGGUAUCACGAUGAGGUGUGGGGGUUUUUACGACCUGCGUUGGAGGCUGCGAAGACAGAGAUGGAGGAGAAGGGACCAGGUCCGCACAAUGAAGAUGAAGAUGGGCCUGCGGUGCGGAGGUUGAAGAUGAUAUUGAAGCAUAUGGGAACUUGA